AGCGAGGGCACGAGUGAGUUGUGAGCGAGUAUCUCCAGUACGAACCUAGUGGUUCGACAUUCUAGCGCUCCAAGAUCACAACUUUGUUCUUCAUCUACUUAAGUUACCAAUACCACUACGCGCACCAGAACUCUCUUCUUCUUUCAUUGACAACACCAUUGGCAUUGUCAACAUUGACAACACCAUUGUCAACAUCAUCUCCUUCCUAAUGAAGUGAAGAUUCUCUAAUUUCUAGUGUCAUCUACUUACAUAAACAUAAGAUCAUCAAAAUGCAGCAACGUGUGGGUAUCGUUGGCGCCACUGGCGCAGUAGGCCUGGAAAUGCUUGAGGUUUUGAGGGAGCGAAACACCCUCGAGACCUUUGGACCUACUCAUCUGCGACUCUACGCUUCGAAACGAUCCGCUGGAAAGGAGAUUUCAUGUCCGACAACUUUGAAAGCUUCUCCUGGUGGGUCUGUCACGUUUACUGUGAUUUAUGGAAAAGCGUUGUUCAACUGUUGUAGUUGCCGCUUCUACAACUACUUCUGCGUUACACUAUAGCACUUGGAAGAUGACUAUGCUGUGACCGUGACGGACGAGAACUUUGGACUCUAGCAAAGGGUCACAGGGUUUUUUCAGCUGCUAAAAAAUUUUGAAAUCUAACGUGUCGAAUUCUCUGUCCCAGACGUUGUCGAGAAUUGCGAUAUCCUCUUGCUCGCCAGCUCUAGCGAAUUCGCAAAGGAAUUUGUACCGCAAAUCCACGAAAAGAGGGGAGACAUGAUCAUCAUCGACAACAGCUCUGCUUUCCGAUAUGAUGAGGCUGUUCCUCUAGUGGUGCCGGAGGUGAAUGGCCCCGACGCUUUUCGUGCAAACUUGAUCGCCAAUCCGAACUGUACCACGGCGAUCAUGUCGCUGGUGGUCUUCCCUUUACACAAGAAGUUUAAGGCUUGAGGUUGACGAAGCGCGAGCGUGAGGAAAUCUUAGAUCUUCGUCGCAUGAUCAGGAUGACAGGGUGUGAUCAGGACGAUACUAGAGGUUUUCUUCAAGGCGAAAGGUGUGUCGUGGUCUUUUCUAAGAGCAAUAAAGUGAAACGUUUCUUAAGCUCGACGUAUCAAGCCGCAUCAGGAGCGGGGAAAGCGGGCAUGGAGGAAUUGGAAGCGCAAAUGACAGCUUUCAACGCGACCGGAUCGGAUGCGGAGAAAGACUCUUAUGAGUUGGAAUUCAAUGACGUUGUGGGAAACGGAAAGGUACUGUGAGCAGUACAGACCACAUAGUCUACUCAGGAGUCUUCCUAGCCUUGUUUGUGUUUCAGAGCUACUAGUCUCAUUUCAACGAUUUCAGAAACCGAAACGUCCUCUCCUUCGGAUGAGAAAUAAGUUGUCUGUCUCUUCUAAGGCACAAGCGGUGCUACCCCGACAGGCGUGAAACCACCUGAAGUUUUCGCUUACCCGCUGAUUGCCAAUCUUAUUCCGCAGAUCGACGCGUUUCAGGCAAAUGGGUACACGAAGGAAGAGAUGAAGGUUUCUUGGGAGACAAAGAAAAUUUUCGCCAGUGCAGCAGCCGUGGGUUUGGAGGGAACGCAAGAUCAAGACGUAGUAAUGGAAGAUGAAGAGCUGAAGAUCUCGUGUACAGCAGUACGCAUUCCGACCCUCCGGUCUCACGCAAUGUCAGUCACGUUGGGACUAGCAGAAAGCUUCAAGGACGCGGAUGAGAUUCUAUGAAAUGGAUUGCUUUUUCUUUUUGUAUUUCUCGUGUUUGGUAUAUUUUGUGUGAUUGACCAGUGGAGGUCAUGGUCACCCUAUGCCAUAGCGCAACAUAGAUAAGUCAUGGCGUGGCCAGCGGCUCUCGUGACAAUAGACGAAAAAUGGCAUAGACCAUGAAGUGAGUCUGAGUUAGUGACAGUAAGAGUAAUAUACUUUCUUCCUCUAAAACUCAGAGCGCAUUUGCAGAACUGUUCGAAGGAGUUUAUGUUUCAGGUUGUAGACAACCCAGCAGAAAAACGAUAUCCAAUGCCCCUUACAAGCGCCAACAAGUGGGAAGUUGAGGUACCUACUGGGCACAACCUGACCUUGAGUCAUCCACUCCUUUCGAUUCCCUUAGGAUCAAACCCAGGUUACCAAAUACCAGAACCAUACUUACAUCCUUUCGAGCAAGAAACAAAAGCAUUUUCCAUAGUAGAUGACGAGGACAUUCUGCUCCGCUAUCGCUAUGAUUUCCUACAUGAAUUUUUCAGGUUGGUCGCAUCCGUAGAAACCCAGUUUUCGACAACGGCCUGGACAUGUUCGUUUGUGGAGAUCAGUUACUACGUGGCGCAGCGCUCAAUGCUGUACUCAUAGCAGAGCUGAGGAUGCAGAAUAAAGCCUGAUUUCGACGUCUUGAAAAGUUCCAUCUAGAUCUAGUGAGGCGUACGACCGCGGUGAUAGUUGGUUGUCGUGAGGAGCGCAAGAACAAGCAGUUGAGGGUGGAAGAUUUCGACUUGGUGCUAAUGGGCACUGGAAAAUAGGCUGCGUGCACGAGCAUGGUCGCAGGGUAUGGGUGGGCCAGUUGGCAGCUUACAAUAUACACUAGCUCGAAGAGCAGGGACGGAAAUGAAAUCCCAAAGGAGAAAAAUCUGAGCGGCACCUCAAAGGAGAAUGAAAUUGUCAUUGAUGGACAACAGGAUAGACCUUCAGGACGUAAGAAAAGCUGAUUGUUACCUGUGUUUCUCGGUUUCGCAACAAAAACUUCAGGACGCGUUUCGGGACUUGAAUUCUGGCGCGAACUCAUGCAAUGGC